AUGGGGAGCCGAGUGGGGUGGAGCCUCGCGACCGCAGCUUAAAGAAACUUGUUGCGGGUCUUUCCGCGGGGACGGAGCUUCGGCGGCGACGGCGGUAGGACGGCCAGGGGCGGCGGCGGUGGGGACGCAGGUCGGAGCACCGUGCGGUGACCUCCGGUCCCAGAGCGGUCGCUGCGCAGCCGGGUAUCGGGCCCGGCACGCAUCCCCGGUGCGCGCCCCUCCGCGCGCGGCCCCGAUGCUGGACAUGAGCGAGACCCGCGCCCAGCCGCCCUGCAGCCCGUCCGGCACCGCCAGCUCCAUGUCGCACGUGGAGGACUCGGACUCCGACGCCCCGCCGUCCCCGGCGGGCGCGGGGGGCGGUGGCCGGGGCGACGCGGCCGAGGCGGCGGACGAGCGCUUCCCGGCCUGCAUCCGCGACGCCGUGUCGCAGGUGCUCAAGGGCUACGACUGGAGCCUGGUGCCCAUGCCGGUGCGUGGCGGCGGCGGCGGCGCGCUCAAGGCCAAGCCGCACGUGAAGCGGCCCAUGAACGCGUUCAUGGUGUGGGCGCAAGCGGCGCGCCGCAAACUGGCGGACCAGUACCCGCACCUGCACAACGCCGAGCUCAGCAAGACUCUGGGCAAGCUGUGGCGCUUGCUGAGUGAGAGUGAGAAGCGCCCCUUCGUGGAGGAGGCAGAGCGGCUGCGGGUUCAACACAAGAAAGACCACCCGGAUUACAAGUACCAGCCGCGCCGGAGGAAGAGCGUGAAGACGGGCCAGAGCGACUCGGACUCCGGCGCCGAGCUGGGCCAUCACCCAGGCGGGGCUGGGUACAAGAGCGACACCGGCCUCGGGGACGCACACCACCACAGUGACCACACAGGGCAGACCCACGGGCCUCCCACCCCGCCCACCACCCCCAAGACGGACCUGCACCACGGAGGCAAGCAAGAACUGAAGCUGGAAGGGCGCCGCCUGGUGGACAGUGGGCGCCAGAACAUCGAUUUCAGCAACGUGGACAUCUCGGAGCUGAGCAGCGAGGUGAUCGGCAACAUGGACACUUUCGACGUCCAUGAGUUUGACCAAUACCUGCCCCUCAACGGCCACUCAGCCCUUCCCGCGGAGCCGGGCCAGCCCGCCGCCAGCUCCUACGGGGGUCCCUCCUACUCGCACUCCGGUGCAGCGGGCGUUGGGGCAUCCCCUGUGUGGUCCCACAAGGCAGCCCCGACAGCCUCCGCAUCGCCUGAGGCGGGUCCUCCUCGGCCGCACAUCAAGACAGAGCAGCUGAGUCCCGGCCACUACGGUGACCAGUCGCACGGCUCUCCGGGUCGUACCGACUACAGCUCCUACAGUGCCCAGGCCAGCGUCACCACGGCGGCCCCUGCUGUGGCCGCCAGCUCCUUCACCAGCUCCCAGUGUGACUACACCGACCUGCAGGCCCCCAACUACUAUAGCCCGUAUGCUGGCUACCCAUCCAGCCUCUACCAGUACCCCUACUUCCACUCAUCCCGCCGGCCCUACACCUCGCCCCUGCUCAGCAGCCUUUCGGUGCCACCCGCCCACAGCCCCCCCAGUAACUGGGACCAGCCCGUGUAUACCACCCUGACCAGACCCUGAAGGCGCCACGGCCACCUGAAGGGGGCCAGUGUUGGCAGAGGAGAACCUUUUUCUCGGCAAAGACCUCUGAGGUCUCCCGGGAGGUGUUGGCCAUCAAAGGGAGAAGAGGCAGCUGUGUGCCCGGCUCGUCAAGUGCCUGCUGAUGUGUGCGGGAAGCCGUGCUUGUAACGGAGCCCCUUUGCUUCCAGAGCUCAAAACUUCUGUCCACGGACAAAGCCCUUUUUCUCCCUUCUCUCUGUGUUUGCUGUGACGGGCGACUUCAGAAAGACGGCCAUUGGGUCCCUUUUCUGCACAGACACCGGCGCCUUGGUUUUGCAUCUCAGUGGAGGCAAAACGGCAGCCACCGUACAGAGGACAAAAGGAGGGAAGAGACACAGGGUCUCCAGGCCGCCUGCGUU